AUGCCCUCGGUCGGAAUUGUCAUCGGAGAUGGCAAAAGAGAAUAUCCCGGUAACCUCACUCCUUACGUCACCGUGACAUGUAUCGUCGCCGCCAUGGGUGGUCUCAUCUUCGGAUACGACAUCGGAAUCUCCGGUGGAGUAACGACUAUGGAAUCGUUUCAGAAGAAAUUUUUCCCUUCGGUUUACGAAAAACAACGAAACAAUCACGAAUCGAGCAAAUACUGCAGAUUCGAUAGCAUUUCUCUCACUCUGUUCACUUCUUCUCUCUACCUUGCUGCUCUCUGUUCUUGCGUCGUUGCUUCUUACGUGACUCGUAAGUUGGUCGGAAAAUUUCGAUGCUUCUCGGAGGUGUUCUCUUUUGCGCCGGAGCUCUUCUUAACGGUUUUGCACAGGCCGUUUGGAUGCUUAUCGUUGGCCGUUUGUUACUCGGUUUCGGUAUCGGAUUCACUAAUCAGAGGAGCACUAAACAUCGGAUUCCAGCUCUCAAUCACCAUCGGUAUCCUCGUCGCCAACGUCUUAAACUUCUUCUUCUCCCAAAUCUCCGGCGGUUAUGGAUGGCGGCUCAGUCUCGGCGGCGCCGUCGUACCAGCUCUAAUCAUCACCGUCGGUUCUCUCAUCCUCCCUGACACACCAAACUCCAUGAUCGAGCGAGGUCAAUUCGAGCUAGCCGAGACGAAACUCCGUAAAAUCAGAGGCGUCGACGACGUUGAAGACGAGAUUAGCGAUUUGAUCGCAGCUAGCGAAGCUUCGAAGCUCGUCGAGCAUCCAUGGCGGAAUCUAUUGCAGAGGAAAUACAGACCACAUCUAACGAUGGCGAUUCUGAUCCCUUCGUUUCAACAACUCACCGGAAUCAAUGUCAUCAUGUUCUACGCUCCGGUUCUGUUCCAAACGAUCGGAUUCGGUAGCAACGCUGCUCUGACCUCGGCGGUGGUGACCGGUUUGGUUAACCUCGGAGCCACCGUGGUCUCGAUUUACGGCGUUGAUACAUGGGGAAGACGAUUUCUCUUCUUUGAAGGAGGAUUCCAAAUGCUGCUUUCUCAGGUGGCUGUUGCGGCGGCGAUCGGAGCUAAGUUCGGCGUCGACGGGAACCCAGGGCAUUUGCCGAAAUGGUACGCUAUUGUUGUGGUAUUGUUCAUAUGCAUCUACGUGGCGGCUUUUGCUUGGUCGUGGGGUCCACUUGGAUGGUUAGUACCAUCGGAGAUUUUUCCUCUGGAGAUACGAUCGGCGGCUCAGAGUGUAACUGUGUCGAUGAACAUGAUCUUCACGUUCGUUAUUGCGCAAGUGUUUCUGAUGAUGUUGUGUCAUAUGAAGUUCGGGUUGUUCAUAUUCUUCGCGUUUUUCGUGGUGGUGAUGUCGAUUUUCGUCUACUUUUUCUUACCGGAGACGAGAGGUGUACCGAUCGAGGAGAUGAAUCAGGUCUGGAGAUCGCAUUGGUAUUGGUCAAGGUUCGUUGAUGCAUGA